GGGCAGGGCUGUAGCUGGGAGUCAGCUCCUCUUCGAAAUGGCUAGACCCCAUCCUGCAACCGUGGAUGCAUUCCCUCUUGGAUGGGACAGCCAGACACCCACUUCAUCCAUAUGAAACCCAUUUCCUUCCGAGGGGCGGUGGAUUGGCAUGGAUUUUGGCCGGCUGCCUCUCUCUCUCCAGUGAUAUCAGGAAGCCUCGCUGGAACUAAAAGAUCUUCCCAACGCCAUAUCAGGGGGAUAGCAGAGACGGCUGAAGGUGGUUUGGGAUAAAACAGAGUUUCUUGGCCACCGUCCCUAUCCAACCGGAGCAAUGUUUUCAGAUUUGGAUUACGACAUCGAAGAGGAUAAACUGGGAAUCCCCACUGUUCCUGGGACGGUAACCUUGCAGAAGGACUCUCAGAAUCUUAUUGGGAUCAGCAUUGGGGGAGGAGCACAGUACUGCCCCUGUCUCUAUAUUGUUCAGGUUUUUGAUAACACUCCAGCAGCCCUAGAUGGAACUGUGGCAGCUGGUGAUGAAAUCACAGGAGUAAAUGGGAAGUCAGUCAAAGGGAAAACCAAAGUGGAGGUGGCCAAAAUGAUACAGAUAGUAAAGGGAGAGGUGACAAUUCACUACAACAAACUGCAAGCCGAUCCAAAGCAGGGCAAGUCCUUGGACAUUGUGCUGAAGAAAGUGAAGCACCGGCUGGUGGAGAACAUGAGCUCUGGGACAGCAGAUGCCCUAGGACUGAGCCGAGCCAUCCUUUGCAAUGAUGGGUUGGUGAAGAGGUUGGAGGAGCUGGAAAGGACUGCAGAGCUGUACAAAGGCUUGACAGAACACACCAAGGGUCUUCUUCGAGCUUUCUUUGAACUAUCCCAGACACAUAGAGCAUUUGGAGACGUUUUCUCAGUCAUUGGCGUACGGGAGCCGCAGCCAGCUGCCAGUGAAGCCUUUGUGAAAUUUGCAGAUGCCCAUCGCAGCAUUGAGAAGUUUGGAAUCCGCCUUCUGAAAACCAUCAAACCAAUGCUGAGUGACUUGAACACAUACCUGAAUAAAGCCAUUCCUGACACGAGGCUGACGAUCAAAAAAUACUUGGAUGUCAAGUUUGAGUACUUGUCUUACUGCCUGAAAGUGAAAGAAAUGGAUGAUGAGGAGUACAGCUGCAUUGCACUGGGUGAGCCUCUCUACAGGGUAAGCACUGGAAACUAUGAAUACCGCCUUAUCCUACGCUGUCGCCAGGAGGCACGCGCACGUUUUGCCAAGAUGAGGAAAGAUGUGCUGGAGAAAAUUGAGCUGCUGGACCAGAAACAUGUGCAAGACAUCGUGUUCCAGCUCCAGCGCUUUGUCUCUACCAUGUCCAAGUAUUACGAUGACUGCUAUGGCGUGCUCCAGGAUGCAGACGUUUUUCCCAUCGAGGUGGAUCUAGCACGCACCACCCUGAGCUAUGGUCAGAAGGAUGUCUUCACAGAUGGGGCAGAAGAGGAGGAGGAGAAUGGUGGAGAUGGGGAGGGCAGUAGGAAGGAGGAAGCAAAUGGUGAGAAGCUCAUCGAUGAUGCCUGAAUAAGCUGAUGUGGCAGCUGGAACAGACAUGACAGAGACUGAUAAAAUCUAUUUUAAUGGCAGUUCAUCCUUUGUGAUUUUAUAUAUAAAGUUCUGCCUGGGAUGACUGUGCUUCAGGGGUGGGCAGAUGGGUUGAUGUGGUCCAGCCUCUGUCUUCUUCUCUCCCUCUUUGCUGUGUUCCCCCUCCCCUCCCCUCUAAUUCCAUUGUCAAGUCAGAUGUGGAGAGGAGAGGGUUUAUAGUCUAGAAACCCUCAAAAAAUUCCACUUCCUAGUGCACCGUUCCAUUGGCAGAGGGGCUACUACAGAGUGUGCAGGACAUGCUGCUGUCCCUUUGCUACUGCUUGCCUGUGUAAGCUAACAAUACAGCACUGGGAGAGGGAUGGCUAUGGAUAGUUGGAAAAUGCCCCCUGGUCUGUUCUCACUACUUGUGUAAAGGGCAGUCAACCAGAUCACUCACCUCAUUACUGACCAGUAUUGGUAGAGAAGUUUCCUCUGCCAACACACCCAACUUUUAAGCCUUAUUAUUUACUAAUUUACUGCCCCCUGAGGGGGAUAGUAGAAUAUUGGCCACCUUUCCCAGUAAUUCUAUUGACUACUUUGCCCUGCUUCUUCUGUCCCAGAAGAAACAGACAACCAUCGUGUGCUGCUUUCUCCAAGGGAUUGUGCCAUCUUUUUCAGGAAAUAGGAGUUAUUCCUGAAUGCAGCAUCACCCUUCCCAAGGAAAGAGAGGGCCUUGUUGUUCCAGAAGAGAAUCCUUUUCACCAGCAGAGAGGCAAAUGGCUAGCUUGUAGGGAUCAGUGCAGAAAGGCUCAUAGACUUUGAUGUGGAGUCAGGGGAUUCUGGUUGGGGCAUUCCCUCUCAGUCAUUGUUCUCUUGUAUUUGCUCAUGGUUGGCUUUAACCAAAUGUGCUCCUUCUGGAUGCAGUACCUUCUACGUGCACCCUUCCCCUUGAGCCUGUGUGAAGGAGUAUGUCCAAUUUAAAACUAGGGAAGACAUACUGUAGCCUUAUAGUAGAGGGGGCAAGAGCCUCAGAAAGCUGCAUGGAGAGGACAAAGCGGAGAUGCUUAAACACAAGAGUAAGCAGCCAUACUAAGCAUAGAGCUUACUGCCACCUGUCAACUUUCCUUGCCCUUCCUUACGCAACCAUUCUGUUACCCUUACAGCAUUACUUUCAGGUCAGAGAGCUUAGCCAGACCUCAUGGCUAAUGUCCCUCUCACCCUGCCUUGAACACAAGGCAAAAGGAAAAAAGAAAAAACUUAAGGUGAGCAUGGAUCCUAUUGGACCCCUCUACUUUUCUCUCUCCUCUUGGGGAAUCUCAGUUCCAUGAGAGGGCCUUUGGUAUUGGCAGCUGGCAAUAAUACCUGUGGCAGGGUCUUUGAGGGUGAUGGGUUUAGCUUCUCCCCAGCCCAUAAUGAUGGCAGUGAGAGAAGCUAUGCAAGAGCAUUAAUUUAUGUUGUAUAUAUUUCUCCUUACUUUGUUUAUAGAAUCUCUUGUCUUCUCCAUCAGUGCCUGGGAGAAGGCUGUUUAGGGCCAGGCUGCUCUGGAAGACUUGAAUGGGUUGUAAUGUGUUUACUGAUACCUGUAAUAAAGAAAACACUAUAUUUUUUUUUUCUUUUAAAAAU